ACUGUGGUAACUGUGGUGUACAGCUGCAGAGAUGCGCGACACAGAAAAACAAGGAGAAAGGAGGGAAAUGGAGACCCAGCACAGGGAAGGGAAGUAACCACUGAAAAAUAAAGCCCACACAUGAUCUGAGAUGCUCCGAGACACCAAGGGACACCGUCUGUGGACAUAAAAGCACCGGAGAGGGGGCUCGGAUCGUACAUUGAUCCGAACACAGGGGACGGGAGGGGUCGAUCAUGGGGAACGAAGCGAGCCUGGAAGGAGGCGAAGGGCCGCCGUCUGGGCUGCCGGAGGGGCUGGCACCGGACGGGAAGGGCGGCUUCGUCCGGGUCUCCGACGGGACUCCGGUCAACCUGAGUGAACUCAGCGAGGAGCAGAGGAGGCAGCUCUCCGCCGCGAUGUCAAGGGCGCAAGGCAGGCAGCCCGGAGGCGCAGCAGCUGCACGAAGACCGUCUGAAUCUGAUACACAUCAGCGUUCCCAGCAGGUAGGGGCCUCCAGGGGCCCUUCAGGUCUCAGUAAGAGUCGCACUGUAGACGCCUUCAAUCAGGGUCCACCUGGCAAGGCUGCCCCGGGCCGCAGCCCCUCGUCCCUCAGCCUUUUUGAAUCUAGAUUCCGGCAGGAGCCUAAAGACCCAGAGGCCAAGUCGUCCGGCAUGUUUGGCUCCAGCUUCCUCAGCGGGGCCAACCCCCUCAGUGCCGUGUCGUCUAUGACCUCAUCUGUCUCCUCCUCCAUAUCGUCCAUGGGCGAUAAUGUCAACAUCCCCAAGUUUGGACUAUUUGGGGACGAGGAGGAGGGAGAUGCACCACCUGAGGCCAAGCAGGGAGGAAAGCCACCAGGCAAGGGCCCACAGCAAGGGCCAGGUCCAAAGGGACCUCAACAAGGAGGACCUCAGAAACAGGGUCAGGGCCCCCCUGGACAAGGGCCAAAGCAAGGGCAAGGACCCCCUGGGCAGGGACCCAGGCAAGGUCAGGGCCCUCCAGGACAGGGGCCAAAGCCAGGGCAAGGACCCCCUGGGCAGGGACCCAGGCAGGGUCAGGGACCACCAGGCCAGGGGCCCAAACCUGGCCAGGGUCCUCCUGGCCAAGGACCCCCUGGGCAGGCCCCCAGGCAAGGUCAGGGUCCACCAAGCCAAGGACCUCCAGGCCAACAGGCCCCCAAACCAGGACAGGGACCUCCAGGCCAACAGGCCCCCAAACCAGGCCAGGGACCUCCAGGCCAACAGGCCCCCAAACCAGGUCAAGGACCACCAGGUCAAGGCGCCAGACAGGGUGGCCCACCCCAGCAAACAGGUGGACCCCCUCAACAAGGACCUGGGAAGCCUGGACCCAAACAGCAAGGGCCACCAGGCCCUGGGGCUCAUCCUGGAGAGACAGCUAAGAGCACAGGGCCUCCUGGUCAGCAGGGGGCUGGAAAGCCUGGAGGUGGACUCUGUCCGCUGUGUAAGACCACCCAGCUGAACACUGGGUCUAAGGAUCCACCUAAUUACAGUAACUGCACAGAGUGUAAGAACCAGGUCUGCAGCCUCUGUGGGUUCAGCCCCCCAGACUCAGCGGGUAAAGAGUGGCUGUGUCUGAACUGCCAGAUGCAGCGAGCGAUGGGAGGUAUGGAUCCCCCUGGCAUGACAAAGCCCAAGCAAGGCUCGGCCCCACCCUCGCCCCAGAGACAGGCAUCUGGCAAGCCUGGCAAGCUGCUGAUAAAGCAGCAGAGUACCAGCGACCAAGGGUUGACGCCACCAACCACACCCAGGCAGAAAUCCCCAGGCACUACCUCCCCUGGGCCACUUUCCCCCGGCUCUUCAAUGGGCGGAUCCCCUAAGAUUGACCCCAAGACGGGCCGCUCCAUUCAGCCCAAGUCCAGUCCCCAGCAGUCUCCAGCUAAACCCAAACAGGAGUCCAGCUUUUUUGGGGGCUUGGGAGGUAUCAGUUUGGGAGGCUUGACAGACGCAGCCAAACCUCCCGCAGCUGCUUCACAAGCUGCCGAGUCUGUUACAGGGAAGCUGUUUGGCGGGUUUGGCGGUUUGAUGGAAUCGUCAAAGCCUCAAGCGCAGGCCGCGCCAAAGCAGGAGGAGUCGGUGGCUGGGAAGUUGUUCGGAGGUUUUGGAGGGUUGACGGAAACAGCAAAACCUCCCGCAGCUGCCUCAACGAUGUUCAGCUUCGGAUCGUCACUCUUGAGUUCAGCCACUAACCUUGUCACAGGAGAGGAGGAGAAGGCACUGGACUCUCCACCGGGGUCACCGCCGGACUCCGGACCAGGUUCCCCUCCGGAUUCUGGCCCUGGCUCACCACCUGACUCCCCCUUCUCUGCUCCUGGGUCUCCUCCUGAUUCGGACUCUGCUCCUGACACGCCACCUGCAAAGUCCAAGAAACCCCUCAGAGGCAUUUCUGUGGAGCAGGAAGAGAAGGCGCCACGGGCCACACCUCCACCUCCACCUGCCCCGGCCUCAGUCACCAAGGAAAGCUGCCCUCUCUGUAAUGUGGAACUGAACGUUGGAUCAGCAGACACGCCCAACUACAGCUUCUGCACCGAGUGCAAGAAGACAGUUUGCAAUCUUUGUGGAUUUAAUCCUACUCCCCAUUUAGGAGAGAAAGAAUGGCUUUGCCUCAACUGCCAGACCCAAAGAGCCAUGUCAGGCCAGCUGGGAGACGUGCCACCUCCAGCCAUGGCUUCCCCAAAGAAGCAACCACCUACUCCUGCUCCUUCUCCUGCUCCCUCUUCCACCCCUGCCCCCGCUGCUGUAGAUAGCAAACCUAUAGUAGAAGCAGCAGACCUAACCCCAUCAACUCCUGAUACCAAGGUGAAAACAGUGGAGACCUUGAAAGAACCUGGAGAGAAAGAAAUGGCUGCCAAGGACAGCAGUCCCACCAGCCCAUCAGACCUAGCCAAGCUGGAAAGCACAGUCCUUCCCAUUCUUGAGGCCCAGGCAAUCACGCAACCAAAGGAUGACGAGGAGAAACUAACAGACACUCUAAAGAAGAGACGUAAAUUAGAGGUGCUUCCUCUCUCACCUGACUCACCCAGCUCAGAAGAUGACAGAGAACUUACUGAGAAAAAUGCCAAAGGUACCACAAAGAAAAAGCUCCUUGUACCCAUGGAUAUCAGGGCAGAUUCUCUGGAUGAUAGCAGUGAAAGCUUUGGAAAAGAGAGCCCAAUGUCUGGGGAUGAUGAGGAAUUUAUCCGAAAACAGAUAAUGGAAAUGAGUGAGAAUGAGGAUGCUUCCCCGUCUGAUGAGGAAAACCUAGUCCGGCGCAAGAUCAGAGAGAAUGAGAAAAAGCAAAUGGAACAGAAGACAACAGAAGCUGUAGAGAAGAGUACAUCAGGAAAAGGCAGGCGACUUACUAAGAAAAGCACUAUAAGUCCAGAUGAUGAAGAAGAUAAGCUACUCCACGGCUCACAGGAUAAACCUGAUUUACAGAAAGAGGAGGGACAAGAACCAAAACAAGAGGAGCAUCAGAGUGGUACUGCAGUUCGCAAAUUCCAAACUAUGGAGCUAAAUUCAACCAGCAGCCCUAUGCGUAUACCUAAUGAUGAUGGAGAGCCUGAAAUGGAAAGCCUCACAGACUCUCCAGACGAUCGUUCGAGAGGUGAGGGAUCAUCCAGUCUACAUGCAUCCAGUUUCACUCCUGGUACAUCCCCAACAUCCCUCUCAUCACUGGAUGAAGACAGUGACAGUAGUAGUCCCAGCCAUAUCCGUUCUGGUGAGGGUAAACAACACAGAAAAGCCAAACAUAGACAGCCUGGUCAAAUGUUACCAACUAUUGAAGACUCCUCAGAGGAAGAAGAGUUAAGAGAAGAAGAGGAGCUGCUUAAGGAGCAAGAAAAACAAAAGGGCUCUGGGAAAAAAUCCAAGAAAGACAAAGAUGAGAUUCGUGCCCAGAGGAGGCGAGAGCAUCCAAAGACACCACCAAGCAACCUAUCCCCCAUUGAAGAUGCCUCACCAACUGAGGAAUUGAGGCAAGAAGCUGAGAUGGAAGAAAUCAGACGAUCCUCCUGCUCUGAUUUCUCCCCUAGUAUUGAAUCAGACCCUGAGGGAUUUGAAAUCCAUGCCUCAAAGAUUGCAGCAGUUCAGAAAACAUAUCAACUGCCUGUAUCAGUAUCUCUUCACUCCCCGACAGAUGAUCAAAAUACUGAUAAACCACAGAAAAAACCUCUCAAAUCUGCUGAUGAGGCUUAUGAGGAAAUAAUGCUGAAGGUUAAGUCUCCGACACUCGACAAAGGCGAGAUUCAGCCGGGCAAAGAGUCCCUUUAUGGAGGCAUGCUCAUUGAAGACUAUGCCUAUGCAUCUCUUAUUGAUAAUACAACAGCUGAUCAAGCGGAACCAGAGAAGAUUGUUGUUCCUGCUCAGCCCAAAAAACUAAGAUCACCAGAUGAGGUUUAUGAAGACAUGAUAAAGAAGAGGAAGGAAUUCAUGCAGCUUGAGCAGGAAUAUCAAAAUAUGCAGCCAACAAAGGAAAGUGCUACCCCAAAAAUUGUGUUUCAACCUGCUGAGAAUAUCGUCUCCAAAAGCAGCACAGUAACAUUAGGCAAAGAUGGGAAACCAUUGUUGGAUGCUGAAACUGCCUAUGAAGAGCUAAUUAAAAGAGUGCUCACUCCUGGAACAAGUCCAACACAGCAGGAGCCAGAUGUAGAAGCCACUGCUUCUAAAAGGGCACUCCAUCCCAUUCCAGACUUAAAGGUGACACAGUGCUCUUCAGGAGAACUAUCUUCUGAUGACGAGAGUGUGAUUAAAAAGGAAGAGGAUACAGUCACAGUAUCAGACACAACAUCAGUGAUGGAAACUGAGCCUGUGACAGUGGUUGCCGAGCCCCCUCCAUCAUCAACAUCUGAUCAGCAACCUCACACAACAAUCGCAGAAUCCCAGGCUGAUAUUGUGGACUUAUCUAGUGCACUCCCAAGAACAUCAGCCCCUGUGAUUGCCAGUGUAUCACCCUUGCCCACAGUCCCUCAGUACACACCCAGUAUUCCCAGCGUGGUGUCAACUGCCCCACCUAUACCCCCCAAGCCAAGUGUCCUGCGUAGGGCUAAUUCUCAGGAAAAAACAGAAGUACCUGUUGCACCACCACUGCCUCCUCCCACCCCACCAAAACCUACUGUUUUCCCCAGGAAAGCUCCAAUUCCACUUCCACCUCAGGCUUCAGUAACUCCAGUCAGGCCAGAGACAGCAGCUAUGACCGCAGCCCAGGGACCAUCUACAAGACAAACAGUUACACCAAUGUACAAGCCUCAUGUUCCCCCUCCUGUUGCCCCAAAGCCAACCAUUCAUGCAGGGAUUGGAGAUGGUCACCGACCAGGACAUGGUGUUAAACCACCAAUUGCACCAAAGCCUGGGUCACAGCCUUCUUCACCUGCCCAUGCCCCACAUCCACCAAGACCCACUGUACUUCCCACUGGUCCUAGUGACAAUGUCCUGAAUCUGAGCCCUUCUUCUGAGAGCAAGCCAUUUCAACCGUCACCAAAGUCUCCUUCUUCUCCAAGAUAUGCCAGCAAUCUUCGUGACACGUAUGUCGUCAUCACACUGCCAUCUCAGCCCAGCUCUCCAGUAGACACUGUCUCAACUCAAGCUCCCUCCAGCCCUGGCCCGGCAUCGCCUUCACGUCAAGCUCAGCCCCAAAGUUAUCACCAACCACAGCCUCAACCUCAAUCAUAUCCACAGCAGCACCCACAACCAACCCCUCCUACAACAACCAGGGUGCCUCUGGCAUACACACGAGUCACAGAAUCCAUUGAAAGUCAAGAGAUUUGUGGCCCAGAAAAACAUGUGUCUAGCUCUUGUCACAUAAUUGAGGCUAUAUCUGCCUCGGCACAGCCACCUGUUGUUAUGCCUAACCUGAUCUCUCAAGUGGUCACCACUGAAGUUCAAAGGACCACCGUCUCUGUUGUUCAUGAAAGGACACCACCACCAGUGCCAGCUCCAAGGGCAAAUGGUGUCCCAAUCUCUAUGGAGAAACCUAAGCCUCAUUUGCCAGCACAGAAUGGACAGGCUGUUCAACCUUCUGAGGUGGUAGAUCUUAGGACUAUGAAGGUGGACCCAGGAUCAGACAUGAAUGGUGUGGAUCUGUCUGCUGGCCCAGACCCAAGACGUCAGUCUUUUGCAACUGAUGUCAGUCGUCAGAACAGUGCAGUGCAGUCACCUGUGGUCAACCUCAGUGCUGAAUCGUCUACUGUUUCUAUAAUGACUGAUAGUAUCACCAUUGUGACCUGUUCUGCCACAAUCCAGCAAUGUGACAAUUUAGACACCGCUCAAGUAUCCUCAGUGCCCCUUCAGCUAACAAAAAACAAAGCAUUUGAGCCUGUUUCUCAAAUUAUAUAUCGGCCCAUAGACUCUCAGCCCUCCACUAAUGCCGGUACAGAGAUUCCUAUUAACCUCUCAGUUGGAUCAAGCACAGGUAUAGGAACUUUCCAGACUAUCCCUGUCACUAUUGCACCCACUUCUGUUGCAAAUUGUGUUGCCAAUGGAUUAACUACGGGUACAACCACAGUGGCAGGAGCUGUUGACCUUAGCACAACAAAACCAUUCAACACUGUGGUAUCAGUGGAUGCUGCUUCUGCAGAGGUGGUCACAGCUGUCAUCACAGAUGAUGAUGGCAAACCAGUUGAUCUGACUGCAGGAAAAAGAGCUGUAUGCUGUGAUGUUGUGUACAAGCUCCCAUUUGCAGGAGUCUGCACUACUCAGCAACCUACCACACCCCUGCCUGAAGACCGCUUUGGAUAUCGUGAUGACCAUUACCAGUAUGACCGAUCACCUUACGGCAUGAGAGGGUUUGGUGGAAUUAAACCGUCAAUGUCAGACACUAACCUAGCAGAAGCUGGUCUGUUCUUUUACAAGAGUAAGAACAGCUAUAAUUUCAGUGGCACCACAGAGGGUGCAGUAGAUCUUACCGCUGCAAAGAUUUCUGAUGCAGGUGAAGCUGUUGACUACUCCAAGAAAGGGACUUACGCAGGAAUGACAAUUCCACCCUAUUCCCAAUCCAGAGUCACAAGUGCUGUUGGUACACUCUUUGGUACAAGCAGCGUCUUGAGGUCAUCAAAUGGGGUGGUCUAUUCCUCUGUUGCAGCACCAAUCCCAUCUACGUAUGCCAUUACCACCCAGCCUGGAUCCAUAUUUAGUACAACAUACAACACUCUGUCAGGUAUGCAUACCAGCGACACCAUGCCUUCCUUGUCCAACCUCCAGAAUUUGCCACUAACACGGUCCCAUAGUUUCCUGUCCACCAUCUCCACUACCGCACCAGAAGAACAAGGAGAUGCCCCACUCAAUCUGGAGAUCUCUAGAGGGGGUACUACUACUGCUGGUGCCGCUACAGCAACAACCUCUUUAUCCCUUGACACCUACACUGAUGCAUCCCUGGAGGCUAUAGCUGCGUCACUAGAAGCUCUGUCUUCACCCAUGGUUCCUGGGGAUGGCCAGUAUCAGGCAGAGCGUGAGAGGCUAGAGAUGGAGAAACUCAAGCAACAGCGCCUAGCUGAGGAAUUAGAGUGGGAGCGCCAAGAGAUUCAGCGGUUCCGAGAGCAAGAACAGCUCUUGGUGCAGAAGGAACUGGAGGAGCUGCAGGCCAUGAAGCAGCAGAUCCUGUCCCAGCAAGAAGAAGAAAGACAGGCUCACCUUAUGAUGCAGAAAGAAACCUAUGCCCAGCAACAACAGCAGCUUGAGCAGAUUCAGAGACUCCAAGAGCAGCUGCGCAUGCAACUGGAAGAGCAGAAGCUUCGUCAGAUGUACCCAAGUGGGGACUUACCAGGACAUGGUGUGCAGGAGGCAGUUGUCCUAGGACCUGAUGGCACAGUGCUGUCCCGAAAGAUCACGGAUAGUGGAUGCCAGACAGAUGAAGAGGAUGAGACGGUCAGCAAAGCUUACACAGCAGGACGAAAAAAGAGAAGUGCUAAAAAGAGCGUUGACAGCUGUGUACAGACUGACGAUGAGGACCAAGAUGAAUGGGAGGCUCAGACCAGAAGCCGACAAAGCCGACCACGCACCGCCAGGGGUGAUAGGGGUGGGCAGUCAGAGAUGUCUCUUCAAGCCCACACUGAGAUUUCUAUACAAACUGAUACAGAGGGGAACAUUAGAAUGGACACCAGGAUGGAGCUGUCUGACUCUGAGAGGACUUCACCAAAGAAACGACCUACCCCCUUAGAAAUAGGCCAGUCUCCUAACCUCAAAGUUGAGUCCUCAAUGCUUCAAGCCCCACCUAAAUCUCCCAAAGUGCUCUAUUCCCCCAUAUCCCCCUGCAUAUCCCCUAGCAAAUCCCUUGAGUUUGUGUCCUAUGACAAAUCACUGGGUGAUACAAGCCCACAAAAGCUAAGAGGAGGUACAGAUCCAUCAAAAGCCUCUCCAGCAAGUCCAAGGGGACCAAAAGCCAUGCAGAGAUCUAUGUCUGACCCUAAGCCCAUGAGUCCAACAGGAGAAGAAAGGGCAACAUCUGGCACCCAGUGUGGUGAUAGUUAUACUGGGAAAAGCUCAGGUGGCACACCAACAGGCACUCAAAAGAAGGUGAAGAGAACUCUCCCCAAUCCACCAUCAGAGGAUGAGUCAACAACGACUGGCCAGACGGCAUACAGCACUGGCUCGGCCCGCAGAAGAAUGUGCCGCAAUUCCAACAUGGCACGUGCCAAGAUCCUGCAAGACAUUGAUCGUGAGCUAGAUCUGGUGGAGCGUGAGUCUUCCAAGCUCCGCAAAAGACAAGCAGAGUUAGAUGAGGAAGAGAAAGAGAUUGAUGCCAAGCUUAGGUACUUGGAGAUGGGUAUUAAUCGUAGAAAAGAUGUGCUGCUGAAGGAAAGAGAGAAGAGGGAAAGGGCCUAUUUACAGAGUGUUGCAGAGGACAGAGACUACAUGUCGGACAGUGAGGUUAGUAACAUCCGAGAGACAAGAGGUGGGCUUGGAGCUGGUGAAGAUGAAGAGAUUGAAGGUCAUGGUCUUGAACGUCCCAGGACAGCUCCCCAGUCAGAACUGGAUGACUUUGUCCCACCUCAAACCAAGCAUGAGUAUGGAAAAUACUCCCAGUACCAAUACAAUCAAAGCCAAUACCAGCAGUCUCUCUACCAACCUACCCAGUCCUACCAAUCUCAUUCUCUUUACUCCUCUGUCCCAUCGCUCACUAGCUCCCAGCAGCAGAGUUACCACCAGAUGCUCCUGUUGCAGCAGAAAGCCGCCAGACAAGCCGCCCUCCUCUCAGAGCUGGAUGCAACCAAGUAUGAUGUCAUUAGCCGCCAACCUGAUCCCACAUCAUCAGCUUACCUGGGAGUCAAGUAUGACAAAUAUGGCAACCACCUUGACCUCAGAGCCUUGGAAGUGGGAAGUAUAGCACGUAGCCCCAUGUCAGCUGUCUCCGAUUCCUAUUACACAGAUGUAGAUCACCAUACACCUCGGAGUUACAUGCUGCUGGAAGAUGCUGCAGAACUGGCUAAGGGCUCCACAGGUCUGUCUUCAUCUUACAGUCUGGCUGAGAGGGAGUUGGCCAAGGCAGAGAAGCUGCUGCGCAGGAGUGCUGCAGAUCUGGGGUCUACUGACUAUCUGGGAUCCACCUCUAGACUCCAUACUUUUGGAAAGACCCCUGAUGAAGAGGAUACAAUGGAGGAGCCGUAUGAACUGAAACUCCUGAAGCAGCAGCUCAAGCAAGAGUUUAGGAGAAGUACAGGUGGGACAGAAAACUUAGAACAACUGACAGGCCUCUCCCAGCACUACUAUACCCCAAGCUCGAGCAUCUCUGGUUACUCCCAAAGACACUAUCCAAAGACAGACAAGUACAGCAUCAGUCGACUUACUCUUGAGAAACAAGCAGCUAAACAACUCCCAGCAUCCAUGUUGUACCAAAAACACAAGACUCCAUUAUUAGAUCCUAAGAUCUCUUCAAAGUAUUCUUCUAUGACAGACAGCAGAGCUUUGGAGACAGACUAUACCAGCUAUCUUGGGUCAACCAGUGCAUCGGCAAGAUCUAGCCGGCUCUCGCAAGAUGAGAUUACCUUCGGCCUUCGUAAGAAUAUUGCUGAGCAACAAAAAUACCUAGGGUCCACCUUGGGUGCCAACUUGGCUGGGUCACUGAACUUGGGCCAGAGCUUGGGUUUGGACUCUGCCUAUCCUAGCGGUAGUCGCUCAAGACCCUCAUCCAGGCCCACAUCCUGCUAUGGCUUGGACCUGUCUAUCAAAAGAGACCCCUCAAGCUCCUCACUGAGGCUUAAAGGGGACGGCGAAACAUCCGGAGAUGUACCCAGCUAUCAAACCCCAUCUGGUCGCACCAAACCCACCAGCCUUCCCAUUGUGCAAAGUGGUCGUGGUCGAAUACCCAUAGUGGCCCAAAACUCGGAGGAGGAGAGUCCAUUGAGCCCUGUAGGGCAGCCUAUGGGCAUGGCCCGUGCGUCAGCGGGACCUCUGCCACCCAUCUCAGCUGAUUCAAGGGACCAGUUUGGUUCCUGCUUAUCGUUGCAGGACUCCCAGCAGCAACAUAUCAGGGAAGAGCCAACCAGGGGUAGGGGUUAUGUGCUACUGGAUGACCUUCAGGGCACCAUGUCAGAUAGUGAAGCCCUAAGUGAUUCCCUGGUGGCUUUGAACAGAGACGAUGCGACCAAUGCCUACCAUCUUAGACGAGAGGAGACAGACUGGUUUGACAAGCCAAGAGACGGACGGCCAGAGAACGGACAAGAGAAGAGACAGGGAAAAGGCCCGUACUACCCCUUCCCUCACCUCAGGGUCAAACUGCAGAGGGAUCCCAAAGAUCGCAGUGUCUCAGCAGGAAAUGGUCUGGGUAUCCGUGUAGUUGGAGGGAAAGAGGUCCCAGGCAGUAAUGGAGACAUCGGAGCCUACGUUGCCAAAGUGCUACCAGGAGGAGCUGCAGAACAAACAGGGAAGAUUCUCGAAGGAAUGCAAGUCCUGGAGUGGAAUGGUGUUCUUCUGACGGGGAAAACCUACGAAGAGGUGCAAGGGCUCGUUGGGCAGCCGUGCAAUGAAGCAGAAGUGUGUGUCAGACUUGAUCUCAACAUGCUGGCUGAGUCAGACAGUUCAGAGCACCUAGAUUUCCAGGAGCACAGCAAAAGUGACAGACCUCCCAGGUCUCCAGGUGUUGACCCCAAGCAGCUGGCGGCUGAGCUGCAGAAGGUGUCCCAGCAGCAGGCUCCCACCUCCACCUCUUCCUCCGGUCUGCCCCCCACCACCUCAGCGACCUCCAGCCCCGGUCAGCCAGGAUCACCGUCCGUAAGCAAGAAACGCCACAGCAGCAAGACUGCAGAGGGAACGAAAACCCAGUCCCACCCCGUCUCCGGAGAGAUCCAGCUUCAAAUCCACUACGACAAGCAGCUUGGCAACUUGAUCGUCCACGUCCUGCAGGCUAGAAACCUCUCCCCGCGGGACAACAAUGGCUACUCUGACCCGUUUGUUAAAGUGUAUCUCCUGCCAGGGAGAGGUCAGGUCAUGGUUGUCCAGAAUGCCAGUGCUGAGAACAAGAGGAGGUCCAAACACGCAGGAAAGAGUCUCAACCCGGAGUGGAACCAGACUGUCAUCUAUAAAAACAUCCACCUGGAGCAACUGAGGAAGAAGACCCUGGAAGUGAGCGUGUGGGACUACGACAAGGGCUCCUCGAAUGAUUUCUUAGGGGAGGUUCUUAUUGACCUGUCCAACACAACCCAGCUGGACAAUGUCCCGCGGUGGCUCCCCCUGAAGGAGCAGAGCGAGGGGGACCACCACCGGCGCUCCCACUCAGGACAGAGCCGACACGGUUCCUCCAAACCCUCGUCACAGCAUUCCUCCCCUAAAACCGCCGGCUCCGCACAUGACAAUCAGGAUUCCCCAAAAUCAUCUGUCAUCAAGAGCCGAAGCCACGGGAUCUUUCCAGAUCCGGCCAAGGACACGCAGGUGCCCACUAUCGAGAAAUCUCACAGUAGCCCUGGCACAUCGAAGCCUUCCCCGUCCGAGGGCCAGAGCCAAAGCCACAGCCACGGACACAGCCAACACUCUCGCUCGCACGGCGCUUCACGCUCCAGCAAAAGUGCCGCGCGGCAACACCAUCAGGACGGCAGCGCGGGAAGCAGCGGAGGCGCUGCCGUAGCGACGGGCGAUGCCCCACAGCAGUCACAGCAGCAGCCGCCGCCGCAACGCCUCCAACCAACUCGGUCGAGCUACAGAUCCAGCGAUGCCCCGGUCACAGCAGCCUCGUUGGACAGCGGCCUGAGCGGCAGCGCCUACAGCCUGCUGGACGAAGAAGGAGAGACGAACGAGGUGGACAGUGCCAUCUUCCAGGUGCCCCGAUUUGGAAAGAUUCCCAACGGCACAGACGCGAUGAAAUCAUCAAUGGGACUUGGUGACGCUGAAGGUAAGUCCCAGGUGAUGGGGGAGAUCAAGAUCGCUCUGAAGAAGGAGGUGAAGACGGAGGGUGAGCAACUGGUCCUUGAGAUUCUUCAAUGUCGCAACAUCACCUACAAGUUCAAGACUCCAGACCACCUGCCUGAUCUAUAUGUGAAGCUCUAUGUGGUGAACAUCGCCACCCAGAAAAGGAUCAUCAAGAAGAAGACCAGAGUGUGUCGUCAUGACCGCGAGCCAUCUUUUAAUGAAACCUUCCGCUUCUGUAUGAACCCCGCAGGACACUCUCUACAGCUCUUCCUGGUGUCCAACGGUGGAAAGUUCAUGAAGAAGACCCUGAUCGGGGAGGCCUACGUGUGGCUGGACAAAGUCGACCUACGCAAGCGAGUGGUGAGCUGGCACAAGCUGCUCACCAGCACCGCCCAGAUCCACUCAUAGAAGGAGACUCAAUCUAAAAAACAAACUAAGCCUGAGAGGGCACAAAGAGGUGUCUGUCAUCGAUCCACUCUUGACGGGUGGGGGAGAGGGUGGUGUGGGUACGGGAGGGGGCGAAAAUAUCUCUUUCUUCAAUCUUUAUUUCAGGGCUCAGAGUUUUGGAGGACGCUUUCGUUCGUAAGAGCAGCUGUGAAGAUGAUUUCUGUCGUGCAGGAGGUUUUGAGGAAGUAGUUUUGCGUUUACAGGAAACGAACACAAGUUUACAGGACGUACAGUGUACAGUAGUGAAGCCGGGGCUGAGGAGAACACAGGUGCUGAGUUCAGAGGUCAGACACGGAGUCAACCAGGUAUUACACACUUCAAAUCACAACACACACACACACAUGCACACACACACGAUUAUCCAAGACAACUUUGCACACUCAUUCACGCAGAAGAGACAUUUUAAUUCUACAGGGAAUGGACACACUUGUGGAUUCAAAUUUAUUUAUUAAGAUGUUUUAUCCAUGAAAGAUUUUCCUCAUUGCUUUAUUAUGAGCGCAGAGUUUUAUUGAUUUACAAAGCAUUUUGGGAAUGAAAUAUUGAAGACUCCGCUACGGAGACCUCCUAUUUAUUUUUGUAUUAUUAUACUAGCGUAGAGUUCUAUCAUUUGUCUCCUCCUCGAUUAUUUAAAAAUCUAUCCUGGGAAGAAAGCAUAGUAUAUUUUCUAACACACUACCUAGCAUUCCAGUUCCAGAGGAAAAAAGGAACCUCAGCAAGCAUGAAUUUAUUAAAAACAUCUCCUCGUUGACAUCUUUUCUCUCCAUACGUGUAAACUAUCAAAUGAUUAUCAUUGUUUGAUAAUGGAUCGAUAUUGAUAUAUAUCAAAUUGGACACUAUAUAUUGUGCGCAUGAGUUUAUCUAUUUGGUAUGCAGUGCCACAUGUUCAGCACAGAAAAAAAAAUCACCUCCAAGGUUCACUUUGUAUAUAGUGAAGUGUCAUAGCUGGAAAUUAAUUAUAACAUAUAUAGAUAGAUAUAUAGAUAUCUUUAUCACGGACAAUCGAGUCUUGAUGAUUGUGACAUAGAGGUUUUAUUUACCCACGAUGCCCCUUUAGAAUGUGACACGUUAACCAGAUGAGAUUUAAGUAUUUCUUGUUUUUCUUUUGUGAGAUCCAGGCACAUGACGAAUCCCAUAUCAGUCCUGCUUUUGUUCAUAGGAGCACGCUUUUGUGGUAUUUUGCACUUUUUCUGCAUAGAAUGUAAAACUGACGUCAUCAUCCUGCUAAAAAUGAGACAGCGAGAGAUUUUUUUUCUUUCCUAGGGGAGGGAGUAGAGAGGUGAAGUAGAAGGACGACAAUAUCAGGAGAUUUUGCAGCGAACAAGAGACAAAGGUGUCGGAAACUAUCCAUGAAAACUGUUAUCAGUGGUGUAGUGGUAGAUGAUGAGUUGGGUGUACAAUGUAAGCGGGAUUUAUACUGGUGGGUAUGCUGUAACGCACUGGUUCUCAACCCUCACUAGAGGUUAAUAAAGCUUCACGGAGGUCACAAGGCCUUCUUGAUUUGAAAAGGUGUAAGACAAUUUAAAGUAGAUGCCUGCCCUGUUUGGUUUGGUUCAAUCAAACUCAAGUUUGUUUGCCCCCUAAGUGCAGUUAAUUCGGGCAGGUGCCCUUUGUCCGGUUACAAACAAACUCUGGUGCUUUUCGUUUGUGGUGAGAACGUGUUCUGACCUGGAUCUGAACCAACUGCAG